AUGUAUCUCAGUGGCAGUGCUAAGAUGAAGGCAUGCAGAUGUGGAUUUGUGUUCACAAAAGUGUUUCUGAACAGGAGUGAUAUGAACAUCAGAGACUCUCAUGCUGCUUCUGCCAGGAUGAGUGACAGCAGUGAUCAGGAGAGAGAGCAGGCUGCAGGCCUCAGACCAGAGGAUGUGCUACUCCGGUGGAUGACCUUUAAGGAGGACAAGAAAGUGGAUGAUAGCAGCAAAUUAACACACUCUGAUGAUAAUGAUUUAAGGGCUGAUCUGACCAAGGAUCUAGGACCCAGGAGACACCUACACACUGGACAUACACCAGGUAGACAACUAGAUGAGGACCUGAGGAGAGUUAUAAAGAAUCACAAAGCCAGUCUGAAGAGGAGGUUUGAGAACAUCUCUGAAGGCAUCAUCAAACCAGGAGCUGAGAUACUCCUCAAUAAGAUCUACACAGAGCUCUACAUAACAGGAGGGGAGAGUGAAGGGGUUAAUAAGGAACAUGAGGUUUGGCAGGUAGAGUCAGCAUCCAGAUCUCAAUCCACAGAAGACACGCCAAUCAACUGUAAUGACAUCUUCAAGCCCUUACCUGGACUGGAGAAGCACAUCAGAAAUGUGAUGACCAAAGGUGUUGCUGGUAUUGGAAAAACAGUCUCAGUGCAAAAGUUCAUUCUUGAUUGGACAGAUGGGGUAGCCAAUCAGGACAUAGAUUUUAUGUUUCCCAUUUCUUUCCGUGAGCUGAAUUUGGUCAAAGUUGAUCAGUAUAGUCUUAACAGGCUCCUGCUUGACUUCCACCCUGAGCUGAAGGAGCUGAAUGAUGGUGAAGGAUAUAAAGACUGUCAGGUUGUGUUCAUCUUCGAUGGUUUGGAUGAGAGUCGGUUGACUCUGGAUCUGGAACAGAACAGUGAGUUGUCUGAUGUGAAAGAAACAUCAUCAGUGGAUGUUCUGAUGGCGAGCCUGAUUCAGGGAACUCUGCUUCCCUCUGCACUCAUCUGGAUAACUUCAAGACCAGCUGCAGCCAGUCAGAUUCCUGAUCAGUUCAUCGACCAGGUAACAGAAAUACGAGGAUUCAGUGACCCACAGAAGGAAGAAUACUUCAAGAAGAGAAUCAGAGAUGAGAGUCAGGCCAACAGAGUCAUCUCACACAUUAAGACAUCCAGGAGUCUCCAUGUUAUGUGCCAUAUUCCAGUCUUUUGUUGGAUUGCAGCUACUGUACUUCAGCAGAUGCUGGAAAGGAAAAACAUCAACGACAUUCCCAAAACGCUGACUGAGAUGUUCAUACACUUCUUGCUCAUCCAAACCACAAGAAAGGAUCAGAAGUAUCAGAGUCAAUCUGAAACAGCUACAAAUACACUUCUGCAAUCUCAGAGGAUCAUUUUACUGAAGCUGGCAGAACUGGCUUUCAAGAAUCUAGAGAAUGACAACCUCAUGUUUUAUGAGGAAGAUCUGAGAGAGUGUGGACUUGAUGUCAAUGAAGUCUCGGUGUACUCUGGUAUGUGCACAGAGAUUUUCAAGACAGAAACUGUGGAAUCUCAAAAGAAGAAGGUCUACUGCUUUGUGCAUCUAAGUGUCCAGGAGUUUCUGGCAGCUGUGUUUGUGUUUCACUCAUUUUUGGCUAAGAACCAUGAGGCAUUGAAAUCCCUCUUCAGUGAUGAGCAUAGAAAUGAACUCAAUCCAUCAAUGUCAUAUUCUUUUCAAUCGGCACUACGAUUAAAACCUCAAGACAACUUACAUGUUUUACUUAAGAGUGCAGUUGAUAAGGCUUUAGAGAGCCAGAACGGACAUCUGGAUCUCUUCCUUCGCUUUCUUAUGGGCAUUUCUGUGGAGAAAAAUCACAAACUUCUGCAAGGUCUACUGAGCAACACACACAACAGCUCCAAUAGUGUCAAGGAAAUAAGUCAGUACAUGAAGAAGCUCAACAGAGAAGGUCUCUCUCCUGAACGAUGCAUCAAUCUUUUCCACUGCUUAUUUGAAAUGAAUGAUGAUUCCAUGCACAAAGAAAUUCAGACAUUCUUGUCUUCACCAAUGAACAUCAAACAGAAGUUAUCUCCUGCCCACUGUUCAGCACUGGCCCACAUGCUUCUGAUGUCUGAGGAGGUGCUGGAUGAGAUUGACCUGAAGAAAUACAACACAUCAGAUGAGGGACGCAGGAGACUGAUCCCAGCUGUGAGGUGCUGCAGAAAGGCACAACUUGCUGAAUGCAAACUCUCAGAGAAGUCCUGUGGAAUUGUGGCUGCUGCUCUACAGUCACCAAACUCCCUGAUAGAGCUGGACCUGAGUCACAAUGACCUGGGAGAUUCUGGAGUUCAGCUUCUCUCUAAGGGACUGUCUAGUCCCCACUGCUCCUUGAUAGAGCUGGACCUGAGUCACAAUGACCUGGGAGAUUCUGGAGUCCAUCUUCUCUCUAAGGGACUGUCUAGUCCUAACUGCAAACUGCAGACCUUAAGACUUGCUGAAUGCAAACUCUCAAAGAAGUCCUGUGGAAUUGUGGCUGCUGUUCUACAGUCACCAAACUCCCUGAUAGAGCUGGACCUGAGUCACAAUGACCUGGGAGAUUCUGGAGAUCAGCUUCUCUCUAUGGGACUGUCUAGUCCCCACUGCAAUUUGCAGACCGUAAGACUUGCUGGAUGCAAACUCUCAGAGAAGUCCUGUGGAAUUGUGGCUGCUGUUCUACAGUCACCAAACUCCCUGAUAGAGCUGGACCUGAGUCACAAUGACCUGGGAGAUUCUGGAGUCCAUCUUCUCUCUAAGGGGCUGUCUAAUCCUCACUGCAAACUGCAGACCUUAAGAUGUGCUGACUGUAAACUCACUGAUAAGUCCUGUGAGAUUGUUACUUCAGUUCUACAAUCACCAAACUCACUGCUACAGUUGGACUUGAAUCACAAUGAUCUGGGGGAUUCUGGAGUUCAGCUUCUCUCCAAGGGACUGUUCAUUUCCUGUGAGUUCACACUGGACCCAAACACGGCACACAGAGAACUCCUUCUGUCUGAGGGGAACAGGAAGGUGACCGGGGUGAGAGAGAAGCAGCUGUAUCUUGAUCACCCAGACAGAUUUACUAGCUAUGAACAGGUGCUGAGCAGAGAGCCUCUGACUGGACGCUGCUACUGGGAGUGUGAGUGGAGUGGGGACAUUGUUGAAGUGGGAGUGGCAUAUAAAAACAUCAGCAGGAGUGACGAUACCAAAAAAUCUGCCAAGGCCUGGAGUCUGGUCUGUACCAGUGACAAAUACAGCGCCUGUCACAAUGGAAAUGAGACUGUCCUACCUGUUCCCCCCGCAGGCUCCAGGAGAGUAGGAGUGUAUGUGGAACGUGAGGUCGGCACUUUGUCCUUCUACCGGGUCUCCUCUGAUACUCUCACACACCUGCACACCUUCACCACCACAUCCACUAGUGAGCCCCUACAUGCAGCAUUUUUUGUUGGUACUGACUCCUCAGUAUCCCUGAUGUAG